ACGAGCCAGUGUACAGUUGACUUGACUCGUAUCUUUUGGUUUCCGUCCCUUGGAGUGUAUUUUCCAUUUACGUGAUAUGCAUUUUCAUCCCCCUUUCUUUGUUCCUCCACGCCAAAUAAUUCAUACUUGCUUCUUAUCAAUUUAUAGAACACAAACCCUGUACGUGGAAAUUAAAAUCAGCGUCGUUGAGAGCAUCUCUAUCAAUGAGAAACAUCAAGCUGCUCUUCGCAAUUUCUAUGGUCUUUUUAAUUCUUUUACACUGUGCUACUUAUUGCGAAGCCGACUGUCACCCUACUUCUUGCGGCAGUAUCACAAACAUUAGCUACCCGUUUCGACUUAGAGGCGACCCCGAAAACGAAAAUUGUAGCGAUUCGAGCCACGAACUUGCUUGUGAGAACAAUCGCGCUAUCCUCUAUCUAAGCUUCAGCAGAUUCUUCGUGCAAUCAAUUUCUUACAAUGACCACUCGAUUCGAUUACUUGAUCCUGGUAUGGAGAAAAACAGUUGUGAUUCAUUUCCAAAAAACAGAGUGCCAUUGAAUUACGAUUACGGAUUUACACCAUACAGGUUGGAACCUUAUGAUGUCGCAAAAUUGAAUACUAUGAUAGUAUAUAUCCACUGUGAAGCUCCUGCAGAGUCUCCUUUUUAUGUUGAUACAUGCAAUUGCAGUAAAAAUAUUUCUCUGCAGAAAUAUUCCUAUUUUGUAGUCGGAAACGACGUCCGUGUUGCAGAUUUAAAUGAUUCCUGCAGGAUUGACGGGAUGGCGUGGAUUUCAAAUGAAUUUCCCAUAGGAGUAAAUAAUGCCUCCUGUUCAGACAUUCAAGAUGGGCUGGCUUACGGAUUUGACCUUAAGUGGUACCAAGUCUAUUGCGGCGAAAAAUGCCCAGGACAUUGUUAUAUCGAAGAUGAUAAUACCAUCGAAUGCAUUGAUCCCUACUGCAAGCAUUGGGGUGAAUGGCCCAAUUGUUCAUAUCCUUUCUGGUUGCAGAUCGGCGAUGUCCUAGUACCAAUCUGGACAGCGUAUCAUACGGAGCUGGAAUAUAUCCUAGGAUUUCUUGCAGCAAGAUUUCCUUGUGGGAUUCUCUUCCUGUUCACACUGUUGGCAUAUAAAAUUCGAAGGCGGCACCUCUCAAUGUAUGACGACAUUGAAGAAUUCCUACAAAUACAGAACAACUUCAUGCCAAUAAGAUAUUCGUACAGAGAUUUGAAGAAUAUGACUAAGAAUUUUGAGGACAAGUUGGGAGAAGGCGGCUACGGCACUGUAUUCAAAGGUCAGCUUAGAAGUGGCCCUUUUGUUGCAAUAAAAUUGAUGGGAAAAACCAAAGCUAGCGGACAGGAAUUCAUCAGUGAAGUGGCUACCAUUGGAAGAAUUCACCAUGUUAACGUGGUUCGACUCAUUGGCUUCUGUGUUGAAGGUUUAAAACGUGCUUUGAUAUAUGAGUUUAUGCCAAAUGGUUCGCUUGAAAAGUACAUUUUCCCUCAAGAAGUUUCAGUUUUCUUGAGCUAUGGUAAAAUCUUCGAGAUUGCUCUUGGGGUGGCCAAAGGGAUUGAUUAUUUGCAUCGAGGUUGUGACAUGCAAAUUCUACAUUUUGAUAUUAAGCCUCACAACAUUCUUCUAGACCAUAAUUUCAUUCCUAAAAUUUCCGACUUUGGGUUAGCAAAAUUGUAUCCAGCGGAUGAAAAUAUGGUGUCUCUAACUGCUGCAAGAGGUACAAUGGGAUACAUGGCUCCAGAAAUGUUCUACAGAAAUAUCGGAAGAGUUUCAUACAAAUCAGAUGUUUAUAGUUUUGGAAUGUUGUUGAUGGAAAUGGCAAGUAAAAGAAGAAAUUUGAAUCCGGCUGCAGAAAAUAUAAGCCAAAUUUAUUUCCCUUGUUGGAUUCAUGACACAUUCAGCAAAGGAAUGGAAAUUGAUUUGGGGGAUGCUUCUCUGGAUGAAAGAAUAAUGGUGAAGAAAAUGACAAUUGUAGCCUUGUGGUGCAUACAGAUGAAACCUGACGAUCGUCCUUCCAUGAAUAAAGUUAUAGAGAUGCUUGAAGGAGAUGUCGAGUUGUUGCAAUUGCCUCCAAAGCCAUUCCUCUCUCCAGAAGAUAUGCCGGACAGUGAUAUAGACAUAAAUGAGAUGGAGUUUCCACUGUUGUCUGCUAGUUUUGAUUAGCAAACGAAGUCUGCGUGCGCAUUGAAAUUUAGGAUGAUAUGAUAAUUAUUAUGACUUGUAUCAAAGUUCAAUUGCAUCGAAUAAUUAUGGAUUACUAAGUUUUUAUUGAUUAAUGUAUUAGUUGAAUUUAUAUAUCUGUAUAUGUAAUGCAGCAUUAAGAUCGCAUUCAUAUUUGAUAA